GUCUCCACUGCCAGAUUCUGAUAUCGUCUUAUCUGAGCCUUUCGACCUACCCUUUAGUGCUACCUACCACUGUCCAUCGUGACCUUUUUCAGCCUUGCGCCACUGCCAACAAAUAAAAAGUCUUGCCUCUGGUCAAUAUGCAGGAACUCAUUUCUUCUCCGCCCGCCUUUGUCGAAAGAAAGAGAAAGAUACUUGAACAACUUGCGAUUCCAGACACAGAAUACACGGAUGCUUCACCGAAAGGCUCUGUAGAUGAGGGCAUCAGGGAUCUCAUUGAUGAAAUCAACCGGCAAUCCGGAUUUGUCACUACCAGCAGCUGUGCAGGUCGUGUCAGCGUUUUUCUUGAAGGACGGAGAGUUGCUGACACUGAAGGACAAGAUGAACGGGUAGCAGGUGUCGGUGGAAAAGGUGCUGGGGGAGCUUGGCUGUUCGUUUCCCAUGACCCAGUACCUGACAAGGGUGAUGGAGGUACGGAUACAGACUGGAGCAGUUUAUUUGGACUCCAGGAAUCUACAGAGGCACAGGAGACAAUUGGAGAAGUGAAAGAGAGAAGACUUGUCCACUUCAAGUACGAGGCAAUGAUCCUCCAUGUUCUCACAGCAUCACCCGAACACGCUCAACUACUUCUGCGUUGCGGCCUUCAGGCAGGGUUUCGCGAGUCGGGUGCCCUCAAUAUCAUCCCGAAUGACAAGGAUGCUGCCACUCCUAUGGUGGCUAUACGGACAAUGGGACUUGCCUUCGAGUCUCUCAUCGGGCAGCAGAUUGAUGGGCAUCGGCAACGCAUAGUCUCACCCGAGUACCUCCAGACCCUCGUCCAGAUUGCCAAUGAACGCUUUAUCGAGAAUAAGAAGCGCAUUGAACGCUUCCAAAAUGCCUUCAGAGAUGCUGUCGCUGCUCCAGUACCACGUCUAAACCCUGAAGGACAAGAAUGGGAGGACGCUGCAGCGAGAAGAGAAAGGAAGCGUGCCGAGGGUCUGCGAAAGAAAGCCGAGCUGAAAACCAAGCAAGAGACAGAACCAGAAUCAGACCGCGCCAACUCAGGAAAGGAGGAAGAUGCAGGACUGUUUUUUGAGAUAUAAGUUGUACACUUUGAUUUCUCAACCCUAUUUUUCCCGCUAUCAAUGCCGUAAUGUACACGUGCAUACCUGUCUGGGUAUACCAGAGCCCAUCGCCUCUAUAUCUCUAUAGAAUCAUUCUCCAUUCCCAUUACCAGUUUCCCUCAAAUCUCUACGAGACGACCUUCUCGACCCAGCUCUUCUCAAGUUUCUUGACUUCAGCCUUGAAGCUCUCCACCUCCUGCCAACAGUCGAGCGGCCGUCGGUCAUGCUCUCGCAGACAUCGAAUGACUUCAUUGCGCGCUCCCUCAACGCUCUCGGGCAGAGGACGCACUUGUUUGCGUGACUCGAGCUUCUUACGCAUGGCUUCAAUCUCCUUGCUGACGGUGUACUGGCUCGUGCUGUUGUCAUCUUUAAAAUCGGCGCUGGCGAGUUUCUCGUGUGCUAUUUUGAGAGCUUCGGCCUCUUUCUGCUGUAGCUUCUUGAGCUCUUCGGCCACACGGGCCUGGAGCUGGAGCUCGACUAUCUUGGAGCGAGAGGCAUCGGUCUAUUUAGAAUCGAGAGAACGUGCAUUAGCUUCGAUUGACGCCCGUGGAAAAUACAGUCGUUAGACGUUGCGGAUAGAAGUACCUCAUUGCUGGAUUGUAGUGAAUCAACGAGAUCUUGUGACAGUCCAUUAGGCGCUGAGCUGUUUAUUGGCAAGCUGUUAGUCGCUGUUUGGAACAUAGUAGCAUGCCCUCCAAAAUCAGAUAAACUCACGCCUUCCACACAUGUGAGGAGAUUGGUUUCGACUCGCUGGAACCCAUUGUGUCGACCGCAAUGGCUGUACAACCGAUGUCAAUGCCCGGCUCGAAAUUUCCGGCGUUAUUCGGAGCGGCGAUCCGUGGCUGCCUGAGGUUGCGAUUCCAUCCGGUCAAGCGACGCCUCGUGUGGCGCUUGAGUGUGGCACCUCACCGGCGACCGAGAUAUUACACCACAUGCCACUUGUACUGUAAUGUAAUUACUGGUAAUGCAUGACAUUGUCCAAGCAGGCUUGAACACAGGACGAUGUCCGUGCUACUUACGAUGAUGAUUCAACAAACAUACCACUAUCGGCGAUCUAUCUUCCACAAACAAUGAUAAACUCAUAACACCGGCCAAGCCCGCGCUUAUUACGAUCUGAUGUUGGGGUAAGAUGGCCUGUUCCAUGAUCAUAGCGAUUUGCAGAAGCCAAUGCCUGCUGAUGCAAAGAAUGGGAAUGUCACGGCGACCCAGCUUACGAAGUCCUGCAGUGCUGUAAGGUCGCGGCUUGACCGGCCGAUAGGACUCAAGGAUUAACGCAAGCAUCAGGUUCAGGACAAUCUCAAGGGCCUUGAGAUUUCCAUUCCUAGAAUCGAGAUAGCACCCGCUCGUGGCACUGUAUACAUCGGAUGUAGCUUACCAAGGCAUCGGAAGCGAGCAUUCAGGCACUAGAUAAUUUUAUCUGUGACGCCAAGACAGUCGACCUGAUAGACAAUGUGCGCCAAAGGAUCAAGAGCCUCGUGGGCCUGGAUAUCCAGCGGUCAUUUUUCCGUUAUCAUAAUUCCAUCAACCACAGGACGAGAAAAUAUAAGAUUGCGGGCCGCGUUUGACCCUUGGUAAUGAUGUUUGCAGGGAGCAUCUCUGAAUACCUUGUUGAUUGAGGCUUUUGGUCAGCAUUGGCAAUCUGUCGUGCUAAGCGAGGAGACGAAGCCUUGAGUUGAGAAGUCUUGGUGAAGGAAGAAGCAUGGGAGCUGUCAUCGUGGUUGUGGUUCAUCCUCAUGGUUUGCCGUGCAAGCCGUAGGAUGUUUCAGUCAGGCCAUUUUCAUCCACUCUGAGCAGGAUUGCGUCAGAGGAACAAUGAGACGAGAAACUGGAAACCGAUACGUUUAUCCAAACAUCAAACAGGAAACUUUUUUUUUAUCGUCUGGAAACGUGUCGCGGCGGUGCUGAACUUGAGCUUGUGAUACGAGAGUGAGCGUUCCUAACCGGAUGCCUCUAAGAGCAU